AUGGCCUCCGCCGUCGCCAGUAACCUCCCCGCGGCCGCGCCAGCCGCCGUGCCGGUGCCGGUGCCGUACGGGUGGCUCAGCAGCCCGCGCGUGUCCUUCAGCCGCGACGCCGCGGCCGCCGCCGACCUGGUGGUGGUGGAUCCCGUCGCCAUGGCCGUGGCGGCCACGCCGGAGCCCGCGAUCUCCAAGGACUUCAUCGACUUUGAGUUCAGCCUCGGCGGCUCCGCCACCAUGCUCCCCGCCGACGAGCUCUUCGCCGACGGCAAGCUGCUGCCGCUGAGGAAGGCGACGGCGACGCCUCUGCCGGAUCCGGAGGCGGCCGCCGCGCCCCAGCCGGCGCAGCCGGAGGAGGCAAUGGCAAUGCCGGUGCCCAGCACGGAGCCGAUCAUCAAGCCCCUCCGCGCCGCGGCGGUGGCGGCGGCGGCUGACGGCACCGACCCCUACGCGUUCUCGCCCAAGGCGCCCAGCUGCUCCAGCCGCUGGCGCGAGCUGCUCGGGCUCAAGAGAGCGGCGGCGGCCGCGCAGAGCCCGAGCGCCAAGGCCUCGGCGUCGCCGUCGCCGUCCCCCACGGCGGAGAGGGCGACGAACUCCGCGGCGAGGUCGCUGAGGCUCCUGCUUCAGCGGAACACCACCGGGCGCGCGUCGGGCGCAGCGGCGUCGGACCUCGCGUCGGCGCCGCUCCUCCUCCGCGACAGCUCCGACUCGGAGGCGUCGCUGUCGCUGGCGUCCUCCCGCUUCUCGCUCUCCUCCUCGUCCUCCUCCUCCGGGCACGACCACGACGACGUGCCCCGCCUCUCGCUCGACUCCGCCGCCGUCGACCCCAACCCACCCCGCAUCCGCCUGGUCCGCCGCUCGUCCCACUCCCACUCCCACCACCGCCACUCCACCUCCUCCUCCAACACCUCGUCCACCCGCGCCGGGCGCAGCCCGGCCCGGCGCCGUCCGUCGCCGCCUCCACCCCCGCGCUGCCUCUCCGUGGACUCCCCGCGCAUGAACUCGUCGGGCAAGAUCGUGUUCCAGGGGCUGGAACGCAGCUCCAGCUCCCCCUGCAGCUUCCACGCGGCGUCCAAGUCGCGGUCCCGCGCGGCGGUGGACCGGUCCUACUCGUCCGGCGUCCGCGUGGCGCCCGUGGUGCUCAACGUGCCCGUGUGCCCGCGCCCCGUGUUCGGCUUCUUCAAGGACAAGAAAGACACCGGCGCAGCCAAGGACGCCACGGCAGCUGCAGCGGCGGCGGCGGCGGCGGCCGCGAGGUCCAGGUCGUCGCUGGGGCGGAAGGCGCAAGGGUGGAGCGGCGAGCUGGCGAGAUCCUCCGGCUGA